UUCAGUGCGAGGGCAUUGUGGGAAGCAGCCAUGGUCUAAGCCGGGCGCCUCACCUGUCAGCCGCACCGGCUCCAGCGCUCGCCUCUCGCCCUCGCUUCUCCAGCGCUCCUUGCUCGCAAGGCGGGGGAGGCGGCGGCCCAGCCACUAUGAUACAUUUCAUAUUGCUCUUCAGUCGACAAGGGAAAUUACGGCUACAGAAAUGGUACAUCACUCUCCCUGACAAAGAGAGGAAGAAGAUCACCCGGGAAAUUGUUCAGAUUAUUCUCUCCCGUGGUCACAGGACAAGCAGUUUUGUUGACUGGAAGGAGCUAAAACUUGUUUAUAAAAGGUAUGCUAGUUUAUAUUUUUGCUGUGCAAUAGAAAAUCAGGACAAUGAGCUCUUGACGCUAGAGAUUGUGCAUCGUUACGUGGAGCUGCUGGACAAAUAUUUUGGAAAUGUCUGCGAGCUGGAUAUUAUCUUUAAUUUUGAAAAGGCUUAUUUCAUCCUGGACGAGUUUAUAAUAGGUGGGGAAAUUCAGGAAACAUCCAAGAAAAUUGCUGUCAAAGCCAUUGAAGACUCUGAUAUGUUACAGGAGACAAUGGAAGAAUACAUGAACAAGCCUACAUUUUAACUGGAAAUCUACUUGAAGACUCCAGCACUACAAGUUAUGAAGCUGUAAAUAAGCAACGCCUCCCAUCCGGUUUUUUGAUGGAGCCUCAGGCACCAUGCCAAAAAUAAUUUAAAGGGAUUCUUCGUUAACUAACAAAGUUAAAGUUGUUUAACAUAUUUAUAAUUACUAUGUGUCUGUAUUAUUAAAAAAAAAUUAUGUGUCUGUAUUAUACUGUAUAGGUACUUGUAGCUCUAAAUGUUUAAAGUAACUACCACCUAACCCAACAGACAAUAUUUGUAAUGUAUUAACUCCAUGUUAUGUUUUUAAGCUAGUUUAGAUACAUUAGCUGCAAUUUUUUUUGCAUUUGACACAAUAUUGUAAUAAUCCAUGAUUUUGAAUGUAAAGUAUAUAUGAUGUCAUUAAUACUUUUUCUAAAUGUUUAGUUUUUUAAAUUGUAUAAUAAUUCAAAAUUAUGUUAAUAGUGCAGAGUUUAUAUGUAAUGCUAGACAUUUUUCAUACACUUAAUAGUACUGUAACUGCAAUUCACAUACAAAAUGUCUGAUUUUAAUGUGCUGAAUUCAUUUAUUUUUUUCAGAAUUGGGAUUAUGAAAAUAACCAAAGAGUAUAGAACUUAAUAAGUAUUUUUGAUGCCUUAGAAGCUGCUAUCUUGACUGAGGUUUUAAUUUAUCUUUUAAUCGAAUAUAAGGGACAUUACAAUAAGGUUUUCUAUGAACUGUAUAUUUAUUAAGGUUUAUAGAGACCUAGAGAUACAGCAUCUAUGACUUCCUUUAUUAUUCUAAAAUAGUAUGAUAAGAAUUAAUAGCAAUAAUAAUUAUUGCUACUAUUUUUUAAAAUUCACGUUCCAAGCACUCUUAGAUGCUGGAAAUUUCAUUUCAAAUAUGUUUUAAUGUAUCUCUAAUGCAUUUGAAAACUUAUUACAUGGCUUACUUAGAGCAUUUAAGAUUAUCACAGCCUAUAUGGUAGAUUCCUUUCCUCCUUUUUUCUUUUCUUACCCUUUCCUCCCCAAAGAAAAGAUUUGCUGCUGACCAUUAUUACUGUAAGUAUAUCACAUUUGUGCUUCCUGGAAUGAAAAUUCUGUAUAACCAGGUCCUAACAGUGAUCAGACAUACUACAGGGAAAUAGCUUGUAGGCCGGGAGUGGUGGCUUACACCUGUAAUCCCAGCACUUUGGGAGGCUGAGGCAGGUGGAUCACUUGAGGUCAGGAGUUCGAGAGCAGCCUGACCAAUAUGAUGAAACCCCAUCUCUACUAAAAAUACAAAAAUUAGGCCGGGUGCAGUGGCUCAUGCCUAUAAUCCCAGCACUUUGGGAGGCAGAGGUGGGCGGAUCACAAGGUCAAGAGAUCAAGACCAUCCUCGCCAACAAGGUGAAACCCCACCUCUAUUAAAAAUACAAAAAUUAGCCGGGUGUGGUGGUGCAUGCCUGUAGUCCCAGCUACUUGGGAGGCUGAGGCAGGAGAAUCGCUUGAACCUGGGAGGCAGAAGUUGCAGUGAGCUGAGAUUGUGCCACUGCUCUCCAGCCUGGGCGACAGAGCAACACUUCGUCUCAAACAAACAAAAAAAUUAGCCGGGCGUGGUGGCAGGUGCCUGUAAUCCCAGCUACUCAGGGGGCUGAGGCAGGGGAAUAGCUUGAACCCAGGGGGCAGAGGUUGCAGUGAGCCAAGAUCAUACCAGUGCACUCCAGGCGGGUGACAGAGCAAGACUGCGUCUCAAGAAAAAAAAAAAAAAAAAGAAAAAGUAAAAGCUUGUAGUAUUCUGUCUUGCUGCCUGCUAUUUGAUGUUUUACCUGUGCAUUUUCAAUGUUAGCUUUGAGGUCUGGUAUCAUUCAUAUUAGAGUGGUUUGGGACCUCCAGUGAUUUCCUAGAAGAAUGCGUUUCCUGUUGGAUUCUUUAGGAGAUCCCAUCUGGUAGAUUUUUAGAGAACCCAAUGGAAAAAUGUUCUCUUUAGUUCAUCUCAGCAGACAUAUUUAGGGAAAACAGCAAAGCAAGCAGGAGAACAAAAGGAAAAAUUCACCAAUUCCUCAACAAUGGUUAUAAUUGUUCAAAGGAAAUAACUCAGAUUAGCAUAUAAAAUAAUCAUUAGGCUUUUACUAUCCAAUAUUUCUUCAGGUUACCAUGUAAUUACAAUUAUGGCAUCAGCUUGAAGUUUAUCAUGUAUGAUUGAUCACUGCGUUUACUUUAGCUAACCUUCAGUUUUGUGGUUUAACUUUUUAAUGUGUUAGUUUUUUUUUCUUUCUUUCUUUCUUUCUUUUCCUUCCUUCCUUCCUUCCUUCCUUCCUUCCUUCCUUCCUUCCUUCCUUCCUUCCUUCCUUCCUUCCUUCCUUCCUUCCUCUCUCUCUCUCCUUCCCUCCCUUCCUUCCUUCCCUCCCUCCCUCCCUCCUUUCUUUCUUUCUUUUCUCUUUUCUUUUCUUUUCUUUCUUUUCUUUCCUCGCUUCUUGUCACCCAGGCCAGAGUGCAAUGGUGUGAUCUCAGGUCACUGCAGCCUCCGUCUCCUGGGUUCAAACGAUUCUCCUGCCUCAGCCUCCCGAGUAGCUGGGAUUAUAGGCAUGCGCCACCACGCCUGGCUAAUUUUGUAUUUUUGGUAGAGUUGGGAUUUCUCCAUGUUGGUCAGGCUGGUCUUGAACACCGACCUCAGGUGAUCCGCCCGCCUUGGCCUUCCAAAGUGCUGGGAUUACAGGCAUGAGCCGCUGCACCCGGCCAAAUUCUUUAUUUUUCAAUACAAUUUUGUAAAGAUGGACCUCAUGUAAAUCCAUCAUAGUUUUUCCGGUUCUUUUGAAAUUUGUCACCAUAUUUGGAUAAAGGUAUCUGUUGAACGUCAUUCAAAUAUACUACACAUGUUCUGGAUAAUUCCAUAUUAGACACUUUAGCUAUGGACAGGGCUUCUCAGACUUCAAUCAGUGUCACACAUAGAAAGUAAAUAUAUCUCGUCUGGGCGAGGUGGCUCACGCCUGUAAUCCCAGCACUUUGGGAGGUCAAGGUGGCAGAUCACCUGAGGUCAGGAGUUCGAGACCAGCCUGGCCAACAUGGUGAAACCCUGUCUCCACUAAAAAUUCAAAAAUUAGCCACGUGUGGUGGCGCAUGCUUGUAGUGCCAGCUACUCAGGAGGCUGAGGCAGGAGAAUCUCUUGAACCCGGGAGGCAGAGGUUGCAGUGAGCUGAGAUCACGCCACUGUACUCCAGCCCGGGUGACAGAGUGAGACCCUGUCUCAAAAAAAAAAAAAAAUGAAAGUAAGUAAACAUAUCUAUAUGGCACAGUGGGGUAAAUUUGAGGGAUUUUAGGGACAUCUUACAUGGGCCUAGGCUAAAAUAGUCAUUGUGUUUUCUUUAUAUUAUAUAAUUACUAUAAAACUACCAAGGGAAAGAUAGUAAAUGUUAAAUUUCUAUAAAACUUCCAAAAUAAAAUGUUUUAACAUGUUUUAAUGAGGAACUUGGUGUGUUUUCAAGAAUACACUUUUUUUAAGUCAGAUUUUAUGUUUGGAAUUGCUACUCAUAAUUCCUGGUGAUGUCUCUUUAAUAUGACCUCUUUAUUUUCUUGGUACCUACCAACAAGAAGCAACUUCAAAAGUAAGUGGUAGCAAAUGGGAGAAGAGUAUUUACUGCUUUUGCUCCUACUGACUUUUCUCAUCAUUCACCUACAUUUUGGUAAUCUGAUCUCUUUACACGUAAUUAAUGAUGUGAUCAUUUUUUAAAUCUAGUGACAGCUCCUUUUCUUUCAUUAACAAAUGUAAAGUUGACAGUUCUUGUGAUAAAGCAAAUGGAUUUUUGAUUCAAACUGUUUUUUCCAUAUCAAACCUCCUAAAAUAAUGAUAAAGCUUUAGUCAAAUGUAUUGUUCUAAUCUUUUUUGAGACAGAGUCUCACUCUGUUGCUCAGGCUGGAGUACGGUGGUGUGAUCUCAGCUCACUGCAACCUCCACCUCCGGGUUCAAGUGAUUCUUGUGUCUCAGUCUCACAAGUAGCUGGGAUUACAGGUAUGCACCACAUGCCUGGCUAAUUUUUGUGUUUUUAGUAGAGACGGGGUUUCACCAUGUGGCCAGACUGGUCUUGAACUCCUGACCUCAAAUAAUCUGCCCACCUCGACCUCCCAAAAUGCUGGGAUUACAGGCGUGAGCCACUGCGCUCAGCCAGCGUCUUCUUUGGAAUUCAUGUUAUAAUACCUACGAAACAUCAUUGGUGAACUGUGUUUAAUUUCACCUUUCUAAGUUAUAAUCAAUACAUUUUACUGGUAAAUUUUACCUGAUAAUGUACUUAUUCACAGUGGUCCCUGAAAAUUUUUGAUUAAGUUCAUUCAGAUGCUGGGGAAUAUGAGUAAAGCAAGCCAAUAAAUAUUCUCCAAUAAUCUGCAAAGGACAACCAUUAAUUUUUUUUUAAUUCUUAUUUUAACUCUUGACAAAAGUUUACCAGUAGACCAUGUACUUUGGUAUUAAGCAGAAAUCAUCUAUUUUGUCACAUAUUGCUAAAAACAGAAAGGUCUGUAACAUCCAGGGCUGCCUUUGUUUUUUUGAGUCAAGGUCUGGCUCUGUUGACCAGGCUGGUGAGCAGUGGCAUGAUCGUGGCUCACUUCAACCUUGAACUCCUGGGUUUAAGGGAUCCUCUCACCACAGCCUCCCAAAUAGCUGAGACUACAGGAAUGCACUGCCAUGCCUGGCUAAUUUGUAAACUUUUUUUAGAGAAGCGGGGGAAAAGGGGCGUUCUCCCUGAGUUCCCAGGCUGAUCUCGAACUCCUGGGCUCAAGCGAUCCUCCCACCUUGGCCUCCCAAAGUAUUGGGACUACAGGCAUAAGCCACCGUGCCUGACCUUCUCAGGCUUUAUUAGACUCACCUUCUGAUAGAACCAUUUAAUGUGGAAUUCAGCCCUACACAAGAACUUUCGAUAAGUUCUUCAUGAAUAAGCUCAUGCAUUAACUGAAUCUCAGCAUUUUUUCCUUGCAUCUGUGCUAUCACAUAACUUAUGCAGUGUUUCCAUUAUAUUUAACUUACUUAAGUGUUCAUUUACUAUUUUGCUUACUAGUUUGUUUUGCAGCUUUACAGAAUAAAUAAUGUUUUAAGCAUUUCUCUUCAGGGUUUCACAGUUACUAACUAACAAGGAUCAAUUAACCUGAGAUGAUCUAUUUACAAUGUAACCAUUCUGGAUUAGAAUUAUUUUCGCGUCUUUGCAUGUUCUGUAUCCAGUGAUAAUAUUAUUCAAAAGUGGCACUUUUUCUCUUUCCUUUGGAAAAUGAUGAAAAUUUCCACACAGAUUGGUAAAAUGAGCAGUUCUGCAAUUGUGUGUGUUACAUGAGGUUUUGCUAUUGUUAGCUGACUUCAUAACCAGCUUUAUGAGAUAUACUUGAGAUUGUUAUAACAUUUUUUAAAAAAUUAAAAAAUAGAGAUGAGCUCUCACUAUGUUGCCCAGGCUGGUCUUGAACUGGGCUCAAGUAAUCCUCCUACCUCAGCCUCCCAAAGUGCUGGGAUUACAGGCGUCAGCCACCAUACCCAGUCUGCUAUAACUUCUAGGAAUCUUUGUUUCUUAUAUUAUACUUGCCCUUCUUUAAACUUUUAUUUAAUCUUGUGUGUAAAAUGCUUGCUUAGUAGAAAGAUGCCAGUAUAAUUUACUUGAUUCUAUUGCUUUACUUGAUAACAUUUUGAAGAGAAGAAGACAUUUAGGCUGAAGAAAAGGGAGAAUUACGGGCGAGGCGCAGUGGCUCAUGCCUGUAAUCCCAGCACUUUGGGAGGCCGAGGUGGGUGGAUCACAAGGUCAGGAGUUCGAGACCAGCCUGGCCAACAUGGUGAAACCUUGUCUCUACUAAAAAAAAAAAAAAAAAAAAAAUACAAAAAUUAGCCAGAUGUGGUGGCGGGCGCCUGUAAUCCCAGCUACUCGGGAGACUGAGGCAGGAGAAUCGUUUGAGCCCCAGAGGCAGAGAUUGCAGUGAGCCGAGAUCAUGCCAUUGCACUCUAGCCUAGGCAACAAGAGCAAAACUCCAUCUCAAAAAAAGAAAAAAGAAAAAGGAGAAUUAUGAAGAACUUGGUUCCACAAGUAAGAUAGUCCUCAUACUGCAUCAGUAGUGACUUAAACUUUUUUAAAACUUUUAUUUUUUUGUGGGGGGAUCUGUUGAAUUUGGGAAGCCUCCAGUUUUAAUAAAAUUUUUUUAUUAUGGUGGAAACAUGUCUGUAAAACUUAGGACUAUAGAAAUGCAAAGAAUAAAGAACUGAGGGAGUUACACACAUUUGUAGUCAGAAAUUAAGUUCAAAAAAUAAUUUAGGUCAUUUGCAAUUUUUAGUAUGCAAAAUAAAUGGAAAAAUUAAAGUGCAAUAAAAAUAUAAUUUGGGAAAUGAAUGCAGUAAGAUUGAAAACAUUGAAAUAUUAAUUAUCAUUUAAUAAAAUAAACUUCAAAAAAAGUAUGAAAAUACAAGUAUCUUUACUUAUGUAGGAUUAAAUAUAUUUCUGAUAAUCUGUCCUCUGUAAUGAAUUGGUUUAAUUAUGUUUUUCUGUUUUUAGAAAUGAGCAUCUUUUUUAUUUCUGGAAACAACUUUUUAAUGAGAUUUUAUCAAGCAUUAGACUAUGACUAAUUAUAAUAUUCAAAGCCAAUACCAAAACGAUGGAUAAAUAAAUGAAUAAAACAAGGCACAUUAAUAGAAAAAAACGAAUAAAAUCAAUUACGGGUUCUACUUGAAACACCUAAUCUCAUGAUAAUAGCAAUAAUACAACAAUUUGUACAUACUUUAUUAGUCGAACAUUUAUUAAAAAUAUAAGAUCAUAGAGCAAAUUAAUUUGGAAGAAAAUUUAAAUCUUUUACAUACAAAUACCCUCAAGAAUAAUAAAUCAUGGAGUAUUAAUAAAAUUAAACCAGCUGAUAAUUUUAGAAAGUGCUUCAUGUGCAGAGACUUUUAUUCAAGUCCGCUCUGCUUUCUGCUAGUGUUUUUUUUUUUUUU